AUAAACGAGAUGAAGAGGCCCAAGAAAAGCUUUGCGGUCUGCGGCUACCCCAUAAGCAUCUUUUUCAUUGUUGUCAAUGAGUUCUGCGAGCGGUUCUCCUACUAUGGCAUGCGAGCCGUCCUGGUGCUGUACUUCAAGUACUUCCUGCAGUGGGAUGACGACAUGGCUACGACCAUCUACCACACCUUCGUGGCCCUCUGCUACCUGACUCCCAUCCUGGGAGCCAUCGUCGCCGACUCCUGGCUCGGAAAAUUCAAGACCAUUGUGUACCUGUCCAUUGUGUACACGGUGGGACAAGUCGUCAUGGCUGUAAGUGCUGUCCAUGACAUCACGGACACAGACAGAGAUGGCAUCCCCGACAACAUGACCUUCCACAUAGCUCUGUCCAUGGUGGGUCUGAUCCUCAUCGCUCUGGGGACGGGCGGCAUCAAACCCUGCGUGGCCGCCUUCGGUGGAGACCAGUUCGAGGAACACCAGGAGAAGCAGAGAAGCACCUUCUUCUCCAUCUUCUACUUGUCCAUCAACGCCGGCAGUCUACUGUCCACCGUCAUCACCCCCAUCCUCAGAGCUCAGGAGUGUGGGAUCCACACGCAGCAGAAGUGCUACCCGCUGGCCUUCGGGGUCCCUGCUGGUCUCAUGGUCGUUGCGCUGAUUGUGUUCAUCGCUGGAAGCGGCAUUUACAAUAAGACCGCCCCUCAGGGCAACAUCAUGGUGCAAGUCUGCAAAUGCAUCGGAUUUGCCAUCUCCAACCGCUUCAGGCACCGGUCUAAUGCGUAUCCCAAGAGAGAGCACUGGAUGGACUGGGCUGAUGAGAAAUACGACAAACUGCUGAUCGCUCAGGUGAAGAUGGUGCUGAAGGUGCUGUUCAUGUACAUCCCACUGCCCAUGUUCUGGGCUCUGUUUGACCAGCAGGGCUCCAGAUGGACGCUCCAGGCCACCAACAUGGACGGGGACUUUGGCGUGUUGGUGAUCCAGCCCGAUCAGAUGCAGACUGUCAACCCGAUCCUGAUCCUGGCUCUGGUCCCGAUCAUGGACAGCGUGCUCUACCCCCUGAUUGCCAAGUGCAAGUUGAACUUCACGCCACUGAAGAGGAUGACGGUGGGGAUGUUCCUCGCCGCUCUGGCCUUCGUGGCCGCCGGCCUGGUCCAGCUCCAGAUUGACCAAACCGUGCCUAAGUUUUCAUCGAGCAUCGAGUCCCAAGCAAAGUUCAUCAACGUGGUUGGUUCACCGGUCACGGUCACAGCUGGUGAACACAUGUUUACACUUCAGCCUUUCACGGCCAAUCCGGAGUAUCUGAGCUUUGAUCAACAAUUUACUGUGACGCUGGGGGCGAGCCAGAGUUAUAUCGCCAAUUUAAAGGACGGCACUCGAACCACCUUCCCCAUCACUCAAAAUUGGUCUUUUUUUCUUCUCUUCUUUCUUUCUCACACGAAAAAACAACCACAAAGCUUCCCUUGUUUCCAGGUUAGUGACAUCCACACAAAGCCAGACCAGGGUGCUAAUGCUAUCAGAUUUUUCAAUGGCUUCGGGUCAGUUGUGAACAUUACUGUCGGGGACCAGGACUUCGGGGACGUGUCCCCCUACAAUAUGUCCACAUAUGUUGCUGUGCCUCGGGGAGAAGCUGCAUACCGGAUCAGGAACCGUAAUGGAAACGAGUGUAUCUUCAGGCACAACCUGGGCUUCGGCAGCUCUUACACCCUGCUCAUCCCCACAAAUUUCACGUUUGGAGCAAAUUGCGCGGGAGAUAUCCGGGAGAUAAUGGACAUCCAACCAAACUCCAUGCACAUGGCCUGGCAGAUUCCUCAGUAUUUCCUCAUGACAGCAGGGGAGGUGGUGUUCUCCGUCACGGGCCUGGAGUUCUCCUACUCGCAGGCUCCCAGCAACAUGAAGUCCGUCCUGCAGGCAGGGUGGCUGCUGACCGUCGCUGUGGGAAACAUCAUCGUGCUCAUCAUCGCAGAGGCUAAAACCGUCGAGGAACAGUGGGCUGAAUACAUCCUGUUUGCCUCCUUGCUGGUGGCGGUGUGCAUCGUCUUUGCCAUCAUGGCCAUGUUCUACACCUACACAGACCCAGCCAAGAUCGAAGCCGAGUUUGCCGACGCAGAGACUGAUGAAAAGAAGAGGAAGAGCUUGGAGAUGGACAGAAAAGACUCUGUGGAGGAUUACAAAAAGGACAGGAGAAGUUCGGAUUCCAGCUCUGAUGAGGAGGAAACCAAACGGACCAAGAUCUAAAUGGAGCUUUUGCGGUUAAAGAUGAAACGUUGCUGCGCUCUGUCGUUUAUCUCUGAGUGC